CAAUCUCAUCCCAUUCUGCCGAACUCAGUACACUAGUGUUGACUAGCGAAAUAUUUUAUCCACACGAUCAUGAGCAACAAUAUUAAUGGCGGGGGCCGUUCCCGUAACGCACUUUCUUCGGUGGAUUUUUAUCGCCGGGUGCCAAAGGAUCUAACAGAGGUGCGUGGUGCGGGCGGUUGAGGAUUUUCCUACGUCUCUUUGCAACUGAUAAGAACGAGCGAAUCACUUUUCRUUGAAAGAUUUCGUUCUCAACGUCCUAUCCGUUCGAAUAUUUUAUUGGUCUGACAUGUUUUGUUGCUCCGUCUUAACUUGGCGUUUUUGGUCUGCUGUUUCUAUUUUGUGGUGUCUUYAGGCAACCUCACUAGGUGCGGCAAUGUCCUUGGUUGCAUUGAGUAUCAUGGGGAUCCUGUUCUUCAGCGAAACAGCUGCCUUUGCCCGUACGAAAAUUGCCACUUCCAUUACCCUGGACGAAAACUCGCAGCCCCRAUUGCGGCUGAAUUUCAACAUCACCAUGCUAGAUGUUCACUGCGAUUACGUCUCGGUGGAUGUGUGGGAUGCGCUCGGGACGAACCGCCAAAACGUCACAAAAAACGUAGAGAAAUGGCAAAUUUCGGAAGACGGUAACACCCGGCUUUUCAGCGGACGCAACCGAGAACAGCGCGAGGUUCGGCACGAGGAACACGAUCGCACCCUCGAAGAGAUGCACGAAGAGGACGGAGUCCACGCAGUCGAACUGACCAACGAUAGUUUCAAGGGCUUCUUGGCAGAAAAUGAAAUGGCCUUUGUAGAUAUGUACGCACCKUGGUGUGUUUGGUGUCAAAGGCUCCACCCUACAUGGGAAAAGCUUGCCGUCGAGGUUAAGAAAUUGAACAUGCCCGUGGGUAUUGGAAAGGUCGAUUGUAUGGUACAGGCUGAUUUGUGUCGGGAUCAGAAGGUCAUGGCAUUCCCUACCCUUCGCUGGUACGAAAUGGGAAAGCCAAUCUCUCCGGAAUACAAAAUGGAUCGAACCGUCCAGGCCAUGGUCGGCUUUGCCAAGCGCAAAUUGGAAAUGAACGAGAAAUUCAAGGACUGGGAAAAGGGCGCCGUUGAYCGUGGCGAAUCGAACGAAGCCAUCGACAAGAAACGCAAACUUUUCGCGCAGAACCGRCCGGAACACCCUUCUUGCCAGGUCAGUGGCCACUUGAUGGUCAAUCGUGUCCCCGGAAACUUCCACAUCGAAGCCAAAUCGAAGAACCACAACCUGAACUCGGCCAUGACAAACCUGACCCACAUUGUGAACCACUUGAGCUUCGGAGACCCCAUCGAUCAGAAAUCUCGUCGCGCCAAGCGAAUAUUGAAACAGGUCCCCGAGGACCACCGUCAAUUCAAUCCCAUGGACGAUAGCUUGUACGUGACGAAGGAGUUUCACCAGGCUUACCACCACUACAUCAAGGUCGUUUCAACCCACUUGAACAUGGGAACCGCGCUGGCGAACCAGAUGCUCACCUACCAGUUUUUGGAACAAUCCCAGAUCGUCUAUUACGAUGAGACAAACGUUCCAGAGGCCCGGUUCUCGUACGAUCUUAGUCCGAUGAGUGUUGUCGUCGAAAAGGAGGGACGAAAAUGGUACGAUUACCUAACGAGUUUGUGUGCCAUCAUUGGAGGAACAUUCACAACACUGGGGUUGAUCGAUGCUGUCCUCUACAAGGUCUUCAAACCAAAGAAGUUAUAAUGCAACGAAACGCAAUGAAAGUUAAACAUGGCGAUAUCGGUUGAGCAUGAGCUAUUUUAGUACUGAGAUUGUUAGAUCUUAAUCGAUGCAAUUGAGCCCAAUUUUAAGAACAAGUCAAAAAUGACAAUACAAUCAUCUACACGUAUAAUGUAAAUGAAAUAGAAAAGCUAAACAAAU